GAUGUUGUUAUUAUGCUUUGGCAUCGCUGUUAUCUAGCCACCCCAACACAGAUGGUUGAGAUAUAUCCAGCUUCGAUCUGUACGCUUCGAAUUGCCGCUUUUCCCCAAGCUACUGGUUCCACUUCUUUAAAGCUUCCCUUUUAUUCAUUUCAAUCCCCUUCUCCCUCUUCCUCUACCCUAACAUUUACCACGUCCUCUCCAGCUGGCUACUUGCUGCUCUUCUUUGACCUUCUUUUCCUUGCAGUCGUCCCGCUGGCCGGCUUCCCCGGCAUACUUGCUCCAGUUCGCCUCCGCAAGCUCGAGAUUCGAGAUUCGAGAUUCACCGCCACUCUCUCCAUUUACCGGAACAGCUUAAAAGUAGCACAAGAACUGCUAGUAAUUCACACACGUAAAUCCUCCCAUAUCAGCCGGCCUGAUAUGGCCCAAGGGCAGCUAUGGGCUACCUUGAUGACUGCCAUUGAUCCUCUCAAUACAAAAGCCAUGCCCAUUGUCUUACAAUCGACUAUCCAUCUGUUGGAAACAGAACUUGCGAAUGCCAGAGCUGCGCUCCAGGAGAUACAGGGUCACCCGGCAACGGCGACAUCAACUUCAAUUUCCUCCUCUCCCGCUUCUGCCUCCUGCUAUUGUACCGCAAUGCACGAAACCAUCGCCACUAGCGCCAUGGCUGCGUACAAACACCAUCUGGUCGGCCGUGUCUCCCAGAUUACCAGCUCUUCACUUCUUCUCUCACACACUCCAGCGUCCAUUUCGCUACUGGACCUCCUAUCCAAUUCCCUUAUUCUUGACCACAUCGCGCCCUAUCUUUCGAUCUCCUCUCUACUCUCGCUAGCUUCAACAUGCACCGCUUUCCAUUCCAUCAUAAUGGAUACUCCAUACGUCUUUCGGCAUAUGGAUCUGACAACAUGCCGCGCCGCUCAGCCUCCACCGUCAAUGGGUCCCAUAGAUGCAGGCGGUGAGGUGUGGAGGAGCGAGCGCAUGGAUGAAUCUUUGACUGAAGACGAUUUUUACUCAGGUCCCUUGAGAGGCAUCUUUUCUGGUUUGGGACGUCGAUCUAUCUUACAGGAUGUCAGAACUCUCAUUCUAGAUGGUCUCUCCGUCCCCGCAGACCUCAUCGCCGAUAUUAUCCUAACGGACAGGUUUAACGUCGUUCUGCUGUCAAUUAGGGACUGUCUCAAUCUAAACGAGCGUAAGUUGAUGCAGACCUUGCAGUAUGCCGUCAGGCCUUCCCGGCCGAAGGGUAUGCCGAGAGUGAAAGGGAUCUAUCAUUUUACAGCCAAGGAUGAUUCGCAGAAUAUCUUACACAGCAGACAGCAAACACACCAUUCUUCCACAGUCGCUAGAAGGGACAGACUGGACAAUCAACUUUGCAAUUCCGCCGAUGCGUGUACGACUGCCAAAGACAAUCACCAUGAUCAGCUGACAUGGAGACAUCCGUGGUACAGAGCAUCCGGCAAAGUGCUUAGAAAAGCCAUGCCCAACGGAUGGGCAGAGACACUGCAGCUUUGUAACGGAAUCAUCUCGUUUGAUGCGGUGUUAUGCCGCAGCCCAGCCCAUCAACCCUUUGUCUCUGUGGAAGGGAACGACACGCAGCCGCCCAGAUAUCUAUCACCAGCAAUCGCCACAGUUGCUCUCGGCCCCAGGGGUUGCGAGGGCUGUCGCACCUCACCUGAAGGUCCGGCACUAUGGAGUCACUCACCCGAGUAUCAAUUCCCACUCCUGACGCCUCCCCCGCUCCACUCCUCCCGGAUCAUCGCCGCCAAGUCCCCCGUCUUCUCUGCCAAUGAUCAGCCCGCUCUGAUAAUGCAGUGCCAAGAAUGCCUGAUCAACCGCUGGUGCAACCGUUGUGGUAGCUGGUGGUGUUCAGCCUGCCUCCCUCACCCAGAAAAGCUGAGGCAUCACGCCAAGUUACAUCAGACCGCGUCCCAGUCUUCACCUUCAUCCUCCUCCUCGUCCGGAUCUGGAGAGGGGGGAGGGGGCUUCUCACACCCAAAGGUGUCAGCAGAGAUUGUUGGGAAUGCGGAGCUACUUGCGGCUCCUGCAAAGCAGAAGUCCAGCGGACCUGUACUACCUGCCAGGGUGAGUAUUGCGUUGAGCACAAUGAUGGAUGCACCGAUACAAAGUGCGAUUGGUGCAAUUCCAGCGGGCGGCGACAGAGGGUUCCUUGAUCGAUGCCAAUCUUCAACGGAAUAUCUAACACUUUGCACUUCAUGGUUAGAUAUAAGCCACUUUGGGCUACCGGGACCGCACAUCCAGCAACGGUGA